GCCUGGCCAGCCCGCUUGUGGCUCUGGGCCUGGCCAGCCCGCUUGUGGCUCUGGGCCUGGCCAGCCCGCUUGUGGCUCUGGGCCUGGCCAGCCCGCUUGUGGCUCAGUUGAUGUUCCAGAACAUUACACUGAUAACCAGCACCAUGGAAUGUAUUUGGAUACAUGCUUGCAACCUGUUGACAUUGCACAAGAAAUUCUGGACAAUCACUUUGAAAGUAUUUUAUCUGUUGCUCCUGCUGAAGGAAAUAGCCCUGUAAGAUUGCUCAGUGACAUUGCUAAUGAGGCAAAGUGUUUUCCUGUCCUUUUUCCAAAAGGAACAGGCACAUUCCACGAACAGAGAGAUCACAGAAUUACACUUGCUAAAUAUCUAAAAAGCAGAAUAUUAAAUGCAGAUGGCAGAUUUGGAAAGAAUUUGGAAUAUAUUUUCUAUGCACAAUACUUGUCUGAAAUUAAUCAAGUGGUUUCCAAUGUAUCAAUAGCUUUGAGAAAAGGAUAUCAGGGACAGCAUAACACUGAUGUUGCGUCAUCUUCAUCUAACAACCCAGACUUUUUGAAAGACCUCUUAAACUAUGAUAUGGGCUACAAGUUUUUGAAACCAAUUAGAGGCACACCUGUAUUUUGGCAAGGUGUUCAGAAGGACUUGAUGGCCAUGGUGAGAACCCUUGGAAUUCCCACAUUCUUUAUGUCAUUUUCUUCUGCUGAUUUACGCUGGCCAGAAUUUAUGGAAGCAUUUAUGUAUGCAGACAAUGUCAUAGGCAAUAUUGCUGACAUGGAAUGGACCCAAAAGUGUGACUUGUUAAAAAAUAAUCCUGUAACAGCAGCUAGAAUGUUUGACCAUAGGUUUCAUUGUUUGUUAAAAGAAGUCAUAAUGUCUCCAGCUCAACCCAUUGGAAAGGUCAUUGAUUACUUUUACAGAGUAGAAUUCCAGCAACGUGGCAGUUGUCACACACACUGCCUUUUUUGGGUGGAGUCACCUAAGAUUGGUGUAAACACCAAUGAAGAAGUUAUCACAUUUAUUGACAAAUAUGUGACAUGUGAGCUUCCACCUGAAAGUGACCCCAUGCAUGAAGUUGUCUCUAGUGUUCAGAUGAACCAUUAAGGGAAGAGAAAAUAAAUACAUUGAGAGCCAACUUACACAAUUUGCAGAUACUAGUCAUAGAUGAAAUCUCAAUGGUUGACAACAAGAUAUUAACAUACAUUCACGGUAGACUGCGACAAAUAAAACAAUCAUCAGACUUUUCACCUUUUGGUAAUGUUUCAGUGAUUGCUGUCGGAGAUUUUUUUCAGCUGCCACCUGUCAAAGGGAAGCCUCUUUACAAAGAAGAGGCUGGCUUCUGCUUAUGGCAUAACACUUUUACACACAUUGAGUUAACUGAAAUUGUUCGACAAAAGCAUCAACAGUUUGCCAUGACACUAAACCGCAUUAGGAAACACAAAAAAGGCAUGAAGCUCAAUGAAAAUGAUGAAAGACUAUUGAAACAACGUGAAACGGGUACGUCUGACUUUACAGAAGACCUUCACAUUUUUGCAACAAAUUCUGACGUGCAUACCCAUAACUUUAACAUGCUGCACAAGAUUUGCACAGACAUUGUUCAAAUUAAAGCACAGGACUUCAAAAAAAAUCAGCAAACAGGUACUUGUAUUAGAUUAUCUCAAACACAAGCUACUCAUGAAAACACAUAUUUGGAAAAACUAUUAAGUGUUGGGACAAAAGCUAGAGUGAUGCUGAUCAAAAACUUGGACAUUUCAGACGGUCUGGUUAAUGGAGUGUUUGGUACUGUAAUUCAAAUCAAGUUUUCUGAAAAACGCAUUGCUCAUACGAUUUAUGUACACUUUGAUGACAAGAGAAUAGGUACAAAACUUAGACAUAAAUUCCCCUGUUCUGAUCCAGAACUUAAAUAUGCAACUCCAAUACAUCAAGAUGAAGACAAAUUGGCAUACACUGGAGGCAUUAGAAGACAGUUUCCAUUACGACUUGCUUGGGCAUGCACAAUUCACAAGGUGCAAGGCCUAACAUUAGACAGAGCUGUGGUAUCAUUCAAAAAAAUCUUUGCUGCUGGCCAAGCUUAUGUAGCAUUAAGUCGAGUCAAAUCAGUUGACAACCUUGUCAUACAAGAUUUCAAACCCACUGCAAUUUAUGCAAAGCCUGACAUAGAAGACAAUCUAAAAGUAAUGACUAGCUUCAUUAGCCCUUCAUUAAACCCAGUGCCCAACAGCAAUCUAUCUCUCAGUCUACACAACAUCCAAGGGUUACCAAAUCAUAUAAAAGAUCUUAAAAGUAACCUUAAGAUGUUGGAUACAGACAUAAUAUGUCUAACAGAGACAUGGCUUGAAGACAAUAAACCGCUCAACUUUGUAGAAAUGCCAGGUUGGAUAUUCAAACACAAAACAAGAUCCCAAUCAUACAUUGACACAGCUAACACUUGCAGCUUGAAAAAUAGAAAUCAUGGUGGUAUUGGUGUUUUCUACAAAAAUACAAUUGCUUGUAAUAUUCUUGAUGUACAGUAUGAUGAUUUAGAAGCAAUUGUAUUUAAUGUACAACCUCAUGACUACAACGUGUUACUGUUGUACCGUCCACCAUCAUAUAACAUCUCUCAUUUUAAGAUGCGCUUGGGUACUGCUUUAAGCCUUUUCGAUACCCUUUCUGGACCAAAGAUUGUUCUGGGUGACUUCAAUGACAAUGCUCUGACUUCUAAUUCCAUACUGGAUUUCAUGGGUCAAAGAUUAUACAAUCAAAUAGUAACCACACCAACAACUGACGGUGAGACUUUAAUCGACCACAUUUACAUUAAGGACUUUGGUCCAACAACAGUCAGUGCUACAGUUAUACCGACGUACUACAGCUACCACAACAGCAUCUUCAUGACUUUCAUUUGACCAAAAAUAAUCUUAUAUUUUAGAUAUGCAGAAAGCAACCCCCCCCCCCUUUUUAGAUCAUUACUAAAAAGGUAAAACGCAUAUCAUGAAGUUCUGAUACAUUCAACCUCAGACCCAUAAAACAAAAAUAUAACUGUAUUCACUUUUCUAAUAUCUUCAACAACAGUCAAUAUUUUUUGUGCUCCAAAAACCUUAUUGACCUGAAUAGAUCUGCCUACCAAUUUUAUCAUUGAUAAAAAAUGCCAACCUAUGAUAAACACACAUAAUGGAAGGAACAGAACAACAGAGAAGAAACACCAAUUCAAUUAACCAAAAAAUUGCCAUACUUGGAUACAAAAUAGGUAUAGCUGAUCAAGAAUAAGGGUCCCUUAAGACCAACUUGCACACAUUACAUAAACAAAUUACUUCAGUCACAUUUGCUUCCACAGGUUUUGAUAACUCUUGAUUUUUGUUUGCUUUAUUUUUGUAUAUUGUAUUCACAUUUAUGCUUUUUUUUUUUUCUUCUAAACUUCAUUUUUUUCUGCACAUUUUUGUUAAUUUUUUUACUUCAGUCUUUUUUUUUGCAACUUUUUUAAGUUUGCAAAUGUAUCGUUUUGUGCCACAUUUUUCAAUUUUUGAUUACUUUUUAAAAUUUACACUUUUUAAAUCUUUUUACAGAUUGAAAUCUUUUGUGUACUUCUCAUUUAUUUAAGACAACUUUUGACACAUUUUUUUUCUCACAAUUUUUUUUUAUUUUUUCCAAAUUUUAUUAUUUGUUUUUGUUUUAAUUGCUUUUUAAUUUUCAAAUGUUUUGCAUGUUUACAGUGAUACUUUUUCCAAUUUGGGUAUUUAAGUUUUUUGGAAACGUUUUGUUUGUUUUAAAGCAUCUCCUUACCAAGUGUAUAUAACAACUUUAUGGUAAAAGUCAUAUGUUGUUCCACUGGUAAAAGCAAAACUGUUCGGCUCUCAAUGGCAAUCAGACAACAAUUCUAACUGCCACCAUGCCAAACAGGACACAGGAAAAACGGAAUUUUGCUCAAAUGUGUUAAGUUUACUUGUAUCUUUUACUGAAUUAUUUUUUUGUGCUUCUUUACAUUGUUUGUAUUGUUUUUAAUAAAAUUGUGGU